GUUUUUGUAAUGAGGUCCAGACCACCGAACUGCCCACCAGCAGCCUCAACAGCCUGGAAAGCUUGCCACCCCGUCUACGGCCUGGAAUCUCCCCAGCACAGAACACCCACCUGCUAAGCACCCUGGGAGGAGGAGGACGAGGGGUAGGGGGAGGAGGAGGAGGAGGAGGACCUAGUCCUGAGGCUUACCUGGCCGGAAACCAGCAGGCCUGGCUUGCCCUGAGGUUGCACCAACACCCUCGUUGGCACCUGCCUUUUUUUUCUUGCCUGGGGACAAGUCCUGAACCCUAAGUUGACUAGGUUCAGGAGUUCCAAAUCAUGCCCGAGACAAGGAACUGUAUGUUAGAGAGGCUUAAAACUGGGCGCUUGAUAAAACAUGUUCAUAAACUAGAGUCUGGAAUUGAACCCCAGAUCAUCCUAGGAUCUGCAAUCCAGAGUAAUAGGCUAUAACUAGAGCCUGAAAUCUGAAAGUCGGAAACAAUGGAGACAUCUUACAGCUAGAAAUAGAAGGGGGUUAGCUCUCUGGAAGACAGAAGCAAGCUAAGUGCUUUCUCUUGAAUCCCAGGAGCAAGGCUAAAGUUAAUUCAUGAGGAAACACAGAUGAAGCAAACAUUUCUACAUGUGGAGGGCCCGUCUUGCCCCGUCCUCAGUUCUAUUUUUAGUCAUUAGGCUGUAGGACCUUGACAUUAAAGCUUUGGCUGUUGCUACCAGGGCAGGGCUUGCCUUCUGGUGGGUGGACAAUCCCUGCUGUGAUCGACUUCUCAACGGAAGGAGCCAGGAUUUAGGACGGUGCUGACCUAGGUCUAGCAGGCAGGAUACUGAAGGGAAAAGGACGUUUUCGUCGGAAGGGGAUUUUGCACAUCCACUGCCUAUACAGUGAGUGGCACAGAACUCUGCUGAUGGCUGAAGUAUUUGCGGACCGCCCACUCGGGGCCCCUCGGCGGCGAGAAGUACAGCGGAGGCCGCCGGAAGCGGUCCGUUGCCAUAAAACGCUCCCCAGUGCUACUCCUUCCGGGGCGGAGGUAGCCAUGGCGGCGGCUCUGGCUCGGCUCGGACUCCGGCCAGUCAAGCUGGUUCGAGUUCAGUUCUGCCCGUUUGAGAAGAACGUGGAGUCGACGAGGACCUUUCUCCAGGCGGUGAGCAGCGAGAAAGUCCGCGCCACCAACCUCAACUGCUCGGUGAUCGCCGACGUGAGGCACGACGGCUCUGAGCCCUGCGUGGACGUGUUAUUCGGAGAUGGGUAUCGGCUGAUUAUGCGCGGCGCCCACCUCACCACUCAGGAAAUGUUAAGUGCCUUGGCCUCCCACAUCCGGGCCAGGAACGCCGCGGCAGCAUCUGCACCCAGCGCAGACAAGGUCGCCCCAGGUACCGGUACCCGCCGCUGACAUUGCAGAAGAGUCCAACAACCGAAUGUUAGCUUGGUACUAAAGACAGUGGUCUAAUUAGAGCUGCGCUUAAUCACUCAAAAUUCUGGAUGGAGGUCACGAUACAGAGCAAGAACCCUAACAGCAGUGCUUCUGCGGCAAGAUAAGUAAGGUUGCGUGGUGAAGGGUCCGGAAUUUUUUAUUUCUCUGUGUUUAACCAUAUUUGAAUCUGUCACCCAAGUACAUUUUAAUUAAAUAUUUAUUGCCAAAUGAA